CGACUCUGUCUAUCUCUGCACUUGUCUCUUCAGUCAAGGAGAAACUAAUUGGAAGAAAGAAUAAGAAGGAGCGGUUGAAAAUUUAAGCGAAUUAAAAGUUUACUUCUUACAGAAUGCCACAAAAAGAUUACAGAAGUCAAACAAGCUGGGAGACCGGAGUUGCCUCCAUGAUGCAAAACAGUCACAGCGGAGUAAACCAGCUUGGAGGUGUGUUUGUGAAUGGGAGACCUUUGCCUGAUUCCACUAGGCAGAAGAUAGUGGAGCUGGCCCACAGCGGCGCUCGACCAUGCGACAUAUCGCGAAUUUUGCAGGUAUCCAAUGGCUGCGUGAGUAAGAUCUUGGGCCGAUAUUACGAGACAGGUUCUAUUCGUCCUCGAGCAAUUGGAGGAAGUAAACCCAGAGUGGCCACUCCAGAAGUUGUAGGCAAAAUUGCUCUGUACAAGAGAGAAUGUCCGUCUAUCUUUGCCUGGGAAAUCAGAGACAGGCUGUUGGCAGAGGAAGCCUGUACUAAUGACAACAUACCGAGUGUUUCCUCAAUAAAUCGAGUACUCAGGAACCUGGUCAGUGACAAGCAGCAACUUGUAAAUGAGGGCGUUUUUGAAAAGCUAAAAAUGCUCAAUGGACAAGCUACCUGGGUGGGGCGCACUGGGUGGUACCCUGGGUCGACGCUCACUAUCACAGAAAAUAUGUGUUCGCAAGCAGAAGGAGCGGAAAACACAAUAUCAGCUAGUUCCAACAGUGAAGACUCAGAGGAGACUCAAAUGAGGCUUCAGCUGAAGAGGAAACUGCAGAGAAACAGAACAUCAUUCACCCAAGACCAAAUAGAAGCACUUGAAAAAGAAUUUGAGCGAACUCACUAUCCAGAUGUGUUCGCCCGAGAACGUCUUGCCAACAAAAUAGACCUGCCUGAAGCACGGAUACAGGUUUGGUUUUCCAACAGAAGAGCAAAGUGGAGAAGAGAGGAAAAGUUGAGAAAUCAACGCCGUCAGCUGUCCAACUCCUCCAACCAUGUUCCCAUCAGCAGCAGUUUUAACACCAGUGUUUACCAAUCUUUACCCAAACCUGCUACACCAGUGUCCUUCUCAUCAGGCUCUUUGUUGGGGAGGUCGGACUCAGUCCUGUCCUGCAGCUACGGCCUACCGUCCAUGCCACACUUCAGUAUGGCUGCCAGCCUGCCUAUGCAAGCAUCUUGUCAGACGUCUUACUCAUGCAUGCUGCCCUCCAGCUCAGGCGCACCAGUAAAUGGAAGGAAUUAUGAGACCUACACUCCUCCACACAUGCAACAGCACAUGAACAACCAGCCAUUGAAUUCUUCUGCUACGUCAACAGGUCUAAUUUCUCCAGGAGUCUCAGUUCCAGUCCAAGUUCCAGGAAAUGAAACAGACAUGUCACAGUAUUGGCCACGUCUGCAAUGAUGUCAUUGACGUCAACGAUGUUGCAGCACUUGUUAACUCAAAUGUCAUAAAGGACAUUUCAUUGAGAAUACCACUCAGGAUCAGAUUGACUCUUUAAAAAAAGUGAAACAACGUUUGAGUAUAUUGCCAGUUACUGUAAACCAGUACAAGACUAGCAACAACAGAUCUCACGAUGUCACAUUCAUCAGCAGCCAUUCAAAAUGUGGUUCGGUGCUUGACGUCAAGUGAUGUUUUUUUUCUUUUGCUAACAAAGACACACUAAUUGCCCUUGAUAUGUAAAUAAACAUUUUACAAAAAACUCAAGACGUGAACGGGAAAAUUAACUGUAAAUGUGUUUAAUUGGAAGAGUUUGUUAGGAAAAAAACAUGUAAUAUGUGAAGAAUUUUUUAAACAAUGACAUGCUUGGUCAUAUGUGAGUGAUUUUAUAAUUUGAUCAAAUCCUUAACGCUAAAUUUGUGCACGAUAGGGGUGUCCACCUGUGCUCAUGUUGAAACAUUGUACCAAAUGCACACAGACUGAAUCACAAGCGCUUAUAAAUUGUGUCCUUGGUAUGGAUCUGUUUUUAUGUCCAUGUGUUAAGUAUUUAUCUUCCCCAGUGAUUGGGGAAGAUUCCCUUAAUAAACUCACUUCAGGUACAA